AUUCUUUUGCUUUGGUCCAACAACCGUUUCUUUUCUCUAUUAUACCCGUAAUGGACUUCCCCGGGUUUCCACGCAUUCAUGGCAUUUUCUAUGCCGUAUUUGACGUUAUUAAAGGCAGCAUUGUAAAGCAUCAAGUUCCCGAAGGAAGCGUAGUGUCGCAAAAGUUGGGCAUGAAUGUCCCGAUUAAGCCGCUGAUCGACUUUGAGACUAUUCGCGAGUACAUUAUCCCCAAACCACAGCUGUACAAGCGGCUUGUCACUAUUAGUACCGACAAAUACAAGAUUAUGGGCUGUCCUGUCGCGAUUAACAACCAUGAAAAGUAUCACCUUAUUCGAAACGAAUUUCGUUUCAACUUGUGCUUUGUGUUUGAACGCGACGCUGAAACGAGUAGUUAUGAAGCUGUAGUACGCAAACUGGCUCGUGUUUUGGAGGUGCUAGAGGUGGAGUGCGAUUUCUUAUCACAAGAUGCGAGCUCGGAAAGCCGGACUGUCCAAAACGUUAUUGAACAAUUGUAUGAGGAUCUCAACAGCUACUGCGAGUGUCAAAUUCCAAUCAAUGCUUCCAAUACCAUCAACUUGAAGCUUUUCCCUACAUACAAAAAUCCGCCGACGGUGCAUGAUUAUCAGGUGCCGGUAUGCACGGUGGACUUGAAUCAUAUGAUGACAGUGAACUGGGAUUUGACAGUGCAAAAGAUGGUGCCACACAUUGAUGGCAUUAAUCAUGUUAAAGCGAUCGCCGAGUUGGCCAACGUGAAACCAGAUUGGGCUCGGCAGACUAUGCAGCAUUUGCUCUACUAUGGCUGUGUUAUCAUGGCCGAGAUUUUCCAGUUUUCAAACGUCUAUGCUGUUCGGCCUGAAAUAACACGUAUGUUGGAGUCAGGAAAGGCUAGUUUAGCACAAGAAUGCCUAGAGUACAUAACACUUCCUGGAGCAACGCAACCUCCGCUUCCACGUGUGUUUGCGCUGUACUGUGGUUUACAGUAUGGUUCCUCAGUGAGGGACUGGAUUGAAGAACACCAAGUUGCAGCUCUUCCGAUCGAUGUGCGGCGUUUCAUUUCAUUUGGAGUUAUUAAAGGAUUGAUUUACCGGGUACACAAAUAUCCCAUCUUAACCAAUGUCGACAGCAACGACGCUUCCUUCGGUUUGCCGCCAAAAAGCCAGUAUUCUAAAAUCUUCAACAUUAAUACUGGUGCGCCGAUACACCCGGACAUUAUUCCUUAUCUGGAUGGCCUCCAUCAUUACGAUGAGAUUUGUACUGCACUCAAGUGUUCUCCACAAGAGCUGGAUGAGCAACUACAGUCGUCCACCACCACCAGCACCACCAGCGGUAGUUUUGAGCCGGCCAUGCUGAAACCUAUCGAACACAAUAAGCGACUCGACGAGCACCAUCAUCACCCUGACAUCCAACAAUCCUUGCCAGUUCAACAGCAAAGGUCACGUUUAGAAGAUGACGAGCUGACAUUGCACUCAAACCGUAACCACUGGUCUGUGAAGUUUAUUUACAGGUGAUCAUACCCUGUUCAUUCAUUUUGUAUCAUAAUUAUAAAAAAAGACAUCUGUAGAUAAUAAAUAAUACUCACUAUAAUAAUACCACACACACUAAGCCUAUUGUUUUCUUCAAA